CCGCGGCCCGCGCUCUGCGCGCUCCUGUUCUUCCUACUGCUGCUGGCUGCCGCCCUGCCCAGGUCAGCACCCAACGACAUUCUGGGCCUCCGUCUUCCCCCGGAGCCCGUGCUGGACGCCAACACCGUGUGCCUGACAUUGCCCGGCCUGAGUAGGCGGCAGAUGGAGGUGUGUGUGCGCCACCCUGAUGUGGCUGCCUCAGCCAUCCAGGGCAUCCAGAUUGCCAUCCACGAAUGUCAGCACCAGUUCCGGGACCAGCGCUGGAACUGCUCUAGUCUCGAGACUCGAAAUAAGAUCCCCUACGAGAGUCCCAUCUUCAGCAGAGGUUUCCGAGAGAGUGCCUUCGCGUAUGCCAUUGCUGCAGCCGGCGUAGUGCACGCGGUUUCCAAUGCCUGUGCCCUGGGCAAACUGAGGGCCUGCGGCUGUGAUGCAUCCCGGCGUGGGGAUGAGGAGGCCUUCCUUCGGAAGCUGCACCGCCUACAGCUGGAUGCGCUGCAGCGGGGUAAGGGCCUGAGCCACGGGGUUCCGGAGCACCCAGCCCUGCCCCCUGCCAGCCCUGGCCUGCAGGACUCCUGGGAGUGGGGCGGCUGUAGCCCUGACGUGGGCUUUGGGGAGCGCUUCUCUAAAGACUUUCUGGACUCCCGGGAGCCUCAUAGAGACAUCCACGCACGCAUGAGACUCCACAACAACCGAGUUGGGAGGCAGGCCGUGAUGGAGAACAUGCGGCGGAAGUGCAAGUGCCACGGCACCUCAGGCAGCUGCCAGCUCAAGACCUGCUGGCAGGUGACACCGGAGUUCCGCGCUGUGGGGGCGCUGCUGCGCAACCGCUUCCACCGAGCCACACUCAUCAGGCCGCACAACCGCAACAGCGGCCAGCUGGAGCUGGGCCCAGGGGGGGCUCCCUCUCCGGCCCCGGGCGUUCCCGGACCACGCCGCCGGGCCAGCCCUGCAGACCUGGUCUAUUUCGAGAAGUCGCCCGACUUCUGCGAGCGCGAGCCGCGCCUGGACUCGGCGGGCACCGUGGGCCGCCUGUGCAACAAGAGCAGCGCGGGCCCCGACGGCUGUGGCAGCAUGUGCUGUGGUCGGGGCCACAACAUCCUGCGCCAGACACGCAGCGAGCGCUGCCACUGCCGCUUCCACUGGUGCUGCUUCGUGGUCUGUGAGGAGUGCCGCAUCACCGAGUGGGUCAGCGUCUGCAAGUAGCAGAGGGCUCCCCUCCCCGAGACUGGCCUUUUCCCUGCUGCUUGAGACCUUGACAGAGUCGCCUUGGCUCCUGGGAGAGGAGGUUGAAUCACAUGAUCUUAUAGGAACCUUCCAGUUCUGAGGGUCCUCAAGUUUGUAAUCACGGGAAAGUCUAGACCUCAGUACUCACUUCUGUGGGCUCCAAGCUCCAGCUGCUCAGUUGGGCUGGGAAUUGCCCCACAUCCUGGGGCAAGUGCCACCAACCCCAUGCCUGUUUCCUUUCAUCCUUCCCCCCUUCCCCUGGAGUGGGAGGGAAUGAAUGGAAGCUGAUGGGCAGUGGGAAGAGGAUUGAAAAGAAGAAAUGGACAUAACUGAGCUGCAGAGAUCCUAGAGAGGCCCAGACACCCUCCCUGACGGGCUUCUGCCCCUCAUCAUUCAAUUAACAAAUAUUUAUUUUGCACUCUUUGUGGCCUGGUACUCUUCAGGGGAUGAGGGGUGCUGGGAAUACAGAUGUGAAUAAGAGAGACAGCACCUGCCCUCUUGGAGUUUACAUUCUGGCUGGGGGAGAUGGACAAUAAACAAGUAAAUACAUAAA